AUGGCAAGAUCAAGUUGUACGAAGCUGCAAUGUCCACAUGCACUCACUGCCAAGGUUCUAGCCUGCCUCCAUGAGCAUGAUGCACAAUUUGAGCUCGUCCCUAUCAGUCUUCUCAAUGGUGAACAUAAGCAGCAUGCUUUCCUUACCAAGAAUCCCUUUGGUCAGAUUCCUGCAUUAGAAGAUGGGCGUAAAAUUGUAUCAGAAUCUAGAGCAAUUUCAACCUAUGCAGUGCUGGAUGUGUACGAGAAGAGGCUGAGCAACAGCAAAUACCUAGACCGUGAUUUUUAUAGCUUGGCAGAUCUUCACCGCCUCACUUACAUAUACUAUUUGAUCCUCGUGUUCAAGCAUGGUGGGAAGUUAUUUCUUCAGGGCUGA